UUUACUUGUGCUGCUCUACUCUGCUUUGCCUCUGUUUAUUUUUACCCCAUUCACCGUUCCCCCCUUUUAUACUUUCCUCGUCUAUCGCAUUUUAUUUUUUAUCUUCUCGUCGCCUUGUGGCAGUUACCUCCAUGCUAUGUCAUUUUGUCCAAUUCUUUCACACACCGACACCUACCUCCGCUCAUUCCUAUGCAUGUCGAGCUGCGGAUCCUUGUGAGAGGCUGACAGAAGCGCCCUGGCCCUUUCUAUCCCGCACCGCAAUCUGGGAUACCUCGCCCUCACCAAAGCAGAUCGCAUUGCCUCUCUCUUAAUAUCCUAAAGUUGCGCCGUCUUGCAAAUAUUUGUUUUUUGCAUACCUAUUUCUGUCCUGCCUGUACCCGGAUUGUCUCCUGCGUUUGCUUUCGCCCCUUUCUUUUCUUUUCAGCGCUCGCGUCCCAUUAGUAUCACUUCUCGCUACCAGUCAUCCUUCGGAAGCUGGAGUCCCACGUUUCUGAAAGGGGGGCCCGCCAAACGCAGGAUACAACAAAAGGAAUAAGCUCACAAGCAAAGGGAGACACCUAGAGGUUGGUCAGCCUCUAUUAUUAUUGGAGGGCAGCGGGUGCAUGGAGGUGGGUGAAUUCUGACAGAUAAGGGACGGACGCUAGGGAGCGUGCGUUGUGGCGUAGCAUACAUGACCACAGCACAGAGUCUGGCCUGUUUCGAAACAUACUGCGAUACCCUUCUGAGAUUGUGAACAUAUUGCCCUUCUUACCGGCAAUGCUACCGUAUAUUAUGUGUUCUGUGGAAGGCCAACUUUUGUUUUUAAUCGGCUACACCCUACUCAAAAGCCCCUUCCAUCCACAUCUGAUUCAUAUUAAAAUUUUAAGGCUUCGGUCUCGUCAAAUCUUCCAAAUUUCUCAACUUCAUAGACCUCACUUCUUUUUGCCUUUGUUGGAGGAUGGUUCCUUUCCCUCCCAUUUCGACUGUUGCCGCACCUACGUUUUAACUAAUAUCCUUCUGCCUCUUCUACGAAAUGGCACCGCCACCCGUUGAAACCCCUCCAAAAUCUCAGCUCACGCUCGGUCUGGAGGUCGAGUUCUAUGCUGCUCUCAAGGCUUCUACUUUCAACCAUAUUCUCUUCCAUAAUUGCAUUGCAAGCCUGUUAGGUGAACGACUACGACAACUGCGACUAUCUGGUCCCGAUGGCUUCGGCUCCAAAUUCAAGGUUGUUGUCAAGUCAAAGAAAUACCCUUGUGACGCCAAAUAUAUAGACUACGCCCAAUGGACUCUGACUACAGAUGCUACGGCACAACCCCAGAGUCCAGAAUGGUUUACAGGUUGUGAGUAUUCCCACAUUCCGUUAUCCUGGCCUUUUUUUUCGGUUAAGGGGCAAAUCUGGAUCUGAAUGGGCGUUUGGACUAAUAAUGGUUAUAUUAGACGAAUGUCAGCCCAUAGAAAUUAUAUCUCCCCCAUAUUGGGCACGCACGACCCACUGGGAAAAUGAUCUUCAACGGAUAUUUUCUUCUAGGAUGGGCCGGUAUAAUCCCAUCUCCGCGAGAGAGCUAAAGCUAUACUCUGAGUUGAACAAUACCACCAGCAUCCAUGUGCACGUCGGCAACGGAGUUGACCCAGGUUCCUCCUUUCCGUUCCACACAGUACGGAACUUGGCAAUGAUUCUAUUAGUAUAUGAACCAGCCUUGGAUCGAUUGCUCGAUGCUAAAUUAUACCCUCCCCCUAUUCUCCUUGGCAACCGCGAUCACUCUCAGGAUGUAAGUCAUGGACCUCCUUGUCUUUCGCUGGCAGUCAGCCGUCUAGUCUAGAAACAAAGAGUGACAUUAAACCUCAAUUAGCCCGAAUCCAUUUCCUCUAUUGAGACCCCUUACUUUCAGCCUCCAAACCUACCGGCACAGUCCCCAAGAAGGGUAUUAGCCCGUCAUCUCUUUAAUACAUGCACGGACAUUCGAUCAGUAAUCCGGGCGAUGAGUCCACUACCACCAGAUGAAACUUCAACUCCAGAUUGCCCGUGGUAUUACAAGUUCAAUUUCAAUCCAUUACUUGACUCUCUAGAUAUACCACCGCCGGUACUUUCUGACCCCGAGCCUGAACCAACGCCUGAAGUGAGGGUUGGGAAGGAGACGUCGAACGGUCAUGCUGGAUCAACUAUGCCAGCUCUCCCAUCUGAGCCGCAAUCACCGCCUCAGCCCAAGUCAUCUCCACCCCCUAAACGGAAAUCUCCGACUAUUGAGUUUCGGCAGCAGAUUGGAACUUUGGACCCAGACACGAUGGUCUUCUGGAUUAGGUUUCUAACGGCUUUGGUGGAGUUCUCUAGCAAACUUACGGACCGGGCGGUUGUUGAGUUCCUUGGACUGGAGGACAUCGAUAUCGAGUAUUUUCCACCUACGGAUGAGGACCCGCCUAUGGAGGAUGAGGAACGGAUUCCAUAUGUUACUAUUCGACCACCUACCGAUCCUUCCAUUUCCCUCUCAGCCCUCGCGCUACUCACAAGCAUGCAGCCCAUCGGAUCCCUUGCACGUCUCCUCACCGCUAUGGAAUCCGUCAACAUAGACCUUGACUCCGAAAACACUCGGCAUUGGAAGCGCAAGGUCUCACCAUAAAAAUUACAUUGACAAACCACUGCCUGACAGCUCCCUCAGACCAAUUCGGCUUUUCGGCUCGCUCUUUCGGGCUGGAAUUUUUUCAUUGGGAUGAUACUCUCGCUGGACAUCACCAAGGAAAGGUGAAAUUUCUGGAAUAACAACCCAUACCAACUAUGUCUCAUGUUAGUUUUCUUUCUGUUGCUCCGGAAACCCAAGGGAAACAAGCUGGAGUAUCCUCUGGCAACACAGCUCAGAUCCAGUAGGAUAUCUAAAUGCUUGGUGUUAGUCCAUCAAUGGAAAACAUUCAACGCUGAACGUGGAUUGAAACUUGGCACCAAACAUCCUGAUAUAGACACAGGUCUGCCAACUGUUGAAAUGUUGCGUGUGCAAUUUUCUAGAGACAGUCUUGACUAUACCCGAUACCCCUAGCAAGUUUGAAGCUACCCAGCAGAAGGCAAAAAAUAUUGAAAAUCAGAAAAAUAUUACGCCAAACUCAAUGAUAUUCCGAUGCCUUUUUAGGACUGGCAUCUCUGAAUAUGAGCUUGGUAAUGAUGAAUGCCGUGCAUUUAAUGUUUACAUCACUCCUCACACUACUGUCUUGCUGGCCUGAUAUCUUUCUUUUUGAUGGCGUAGCUAGUCAUCUUACAAUAUUAGUGAGUUAUGAUGCAGCCACUCGUUUUGGUACGCGGCAACCCACUAUUGAGUGAAAUUAUUGUCUGUUUUUUAACACGAAAGGAGGACUUCGGAUCUGAUAAUGAUGUGACUCUUGGCUUUUGUUUAGUUAGAAAUAUCAUCAACGUUCGGCUUUGUCGCUCACCACUCCUAGACUCGUACAUAUGAAUUUAAUGAGGUGCAUAAUAGAGGGUUGAUUUUUUCCCGCACCUCCGAUUUUGCUUUCUUCAAUUUCCAUUACCUAGGUAGUUAUAGUUAUGUUUGUAUAUAUAGAUCUUAUUUUUUUAUUUCCUUUUACUAGCACAUACCCUCCAUUGAUGAUUUAUACUCUCCCUUUUCAUAUAGUGCGCCUUCAUCCCAUCAAGCGCAAAAUUGUUUGAUACCCGAUAGUCUGUUCCUUG